UCCUCUGCGUUACGUGGGGACACGUGCAAUGUUAGUGUGCAAUGUUUGUGUUAUGACGUAGGGAAGGAGAAGCUAGGAGUUCUCGCCGGGGAGCCGGUCCGACUGGUCCUCGAGUCUGACGGAACGCAAGUCGAGGACGGCGACUACUUCCGUACUCUGCCCAACAACACGGUCCUGCUUCUGCUGAGACAGGGAGAACGCUGGUACCCCAGCGGCGUCGACGUCAUUCGAGCUGCCAUCUCCGCGAUCCCCAAGAUCGUCUGUGAGACGAUCCACGCUCUUGAAUUGCACGAUGAAACUCCUUCCUGGAAGAUUAUGGACAACAAGGGCAGGGUCACCGUGGUCCUCCACUGGGACCAGAAACAGCAGCAGAAGGUGGGCGAUGGAGGAGGGGCUGUUGGGGCGGCAUCGAAGUACUCGCCAAGCAAGAAGCAGGACCAGAUGCGACCCUCGUUGGUGAUCCAGACGAGCCUCGAGAAGCUCGGCGGAAUCCACGGGCCGGGCCCCGCGGCAAGCAAGAAGGAGACGCUCAUCAACGACGUCUACACGCCUCCACCGGCGGCUCGCUACAACUCCAGUCCUCAAAUCACUGUGAUAAACCACGAUGACGUCAUCAGCGGUAAAAUGGCAAAUCUUCUCGCGGCAGCGACAAGUUCCUAUGGUGGAGGCGGGCCCCAGGUUCCUCCACAUCACCACCCGCCUCCCAGGCUCGCCAAGCAAGGCACGAGCUCGUUCGAGAGUACAACAAUACACAUUCACACGCCCGAAUGUGCGAACCACGUUCACCACCCGCUCAGUACCAGUCCCAGCGGGGCCGCGGGCAUCAAUGGUACCGACGCCAACAACAUGGUCGAAUGCGACUUCCACUGUUGCGCGCUGCACGAAGAGGGCCGGAAGAUCGCGGUUCACAAGUCGGUGGCCACGUCUCCCAUUCAAGACGCCCAACAACAGACGUCGCCCCAACCGUCGUCGCUGUCAGACGGAACGCGGCGAGCGGCUCUGGGCAAAAGCACCCAGCACGUCCGGUUCCUCGACAUAGAAGGCGGUCGCCUGCACCAGCAGCACCAGGCCGAGAGCUCCGAGUCGGAGACGGAGAACACCAUCAUGGAGGAAGAAGCCAUCACUUCCGAGAAGUUCCUGCUGCUCAUAGACCAGCUGUCGGUCGACCAGAAGAGACACCUCACCAUCAAAGACAUCGGAAUCAUCCUCGAGCGCCUUAGUUCGAAGAUAGUCGACGUGGAGAGGCUGGACCGGGAGAGUGAAAGUGACGACUGCUACAACUGGACGAUCAAGGCGACCAUCAGAGGCGACGUCCUCCGGGAACUGGGAGUCAUUUACAAUGGAAACUACUACGCCAUAUCGGAACAUCCGGGGUACAAGGAGGAAUCCGAGGAGAACAGGGAGGACGGCGACGAAGACGACGACGAGGAGGAGGAUGACAGACUUUAAAGAAGACAGGAGGUUAGGAGCGAAAUCAGAAUAAUUUAUACUUAGAAAAGAUUUAAAUAAUUCGCAAUUUUUUUUAUAGGAACUGAUACAGAGAAAAAUAUUUCAGGCGGUGCGGAUAAAAUGAUAACAAAUGCAUUCGACAAUGAGAGACGAGCUACCAUAAUGGACGGAGAAACUCCGACGGAAUGCGACAAGUAAGACAGAACGCAUGUAUAAUUAGGAGCACAAAGUUUACUCGUCGAAUAAUUAGCUAAUUAAACGGACUUUAAGAGACUAUAAUAGCAACCGACUAUCAACCUUCAGAGGAAGUGUGAAUACAUUUUCCUUAAAAAAAGAAAAUAACUUAAAUAAAAACAGACUCCCGUUUUCAUUUUGUUUUCGUAAAAUGCAAGAUGGCGUCAAUCGUAACGUCGAUGGUGCUGCUCCCAAGUACUUUUUUACUUACAAACAGAGCAAUAGCUUUACCCACAGUCCCGAGCUCCAGUCCCUGCUUCCCUUGACAAUCUGAAGCCAACCACAGUUUCGUUUUCAAUCCAAUGUUGAACAUAGGAUCGGGCGACCGAGGGGGUUCUAUAGUAAAACAAUCAAUAACAUUAAUAAGUAAUUAUAAUUAUUACCAACCCCUGAUAGAUUUGAUCGAGCCAACAGCACAAAAUGUGAACAUGGACGUUUUUUUUUUUUUUUUGGAUGUGUGUAAAACAUGAAAAACAAAUCUGAUGGCACAUAUCUGAUGUGAAAAUGUGUUUGCAUCGUUUCUGUGCAUCUUUUUGUAGUGAAAAUAUCUCAAGUGAAAUUUAAAAAAAAAA